AACACAAAAUAGUUCAAAGUCACUGGGGACUCGCAUUUAAUAAUGAAUGAAAGUGUAAUCCUUGGAAACGUGCCAAGGGUUUGGCUCAAAUUCAUUUUUCAACUGAAGUAGUGGUAACCUUAACUUUGCCCAAGGGUGUACAUGUACAAUUCUGUUUCCUAUCUCAAAUGUACUGAAUCGAUUGAGUUCUCUCAAGAGUUCUGCUAUCGUGUGAGCUUUGGUUGUUUGUGUUAGGGAUCAAUGUAUCGUAAACAAGUUGACAAAAUAAUGACGCAUGCAAAUUCCCGUUCAACAAGGUGCGAUUUGACCUAUCAAUCGGCACUAAGUUAGAACCCGUAGUUGCAGGAGCUGUUUUUGGCAAUUGUGGGUGUUCAGCUUUACCCCAUCCCCCUUCCCCAGAUAUCAUUACCAGUAGUUUCUCAGUUCAAGGAUCACAAUCGUGAUGUUUUGGUUGGCAAUGAUCAGCCAAAUGCAAAAAUCUGUUACAACUUCCACUUUUCGUUGCCUCGAAGCUUGCAAAAAAAUAUACAAGACUUUUAUUUUAAGGAAAACGUUAUGAAGAAGGCGAAUAAACAAGGUGGAUAAUAUACAUUCUCUCUGCUUAUAAGGCGUUUGAAGCUAACCUUUUCAGUGACUGUCUAGUCAAUUGACAUGUUUAUCUGGGCAACAGUUUUGGCGGGAACCACGUACGCAAUGCGUUUAACCGCUGUGAAAGUGAUAAGCAACUGCUUCUUGGUUUUAAAUUCCAGUGAAGGACAAUUUAAGGGGCUCUUUGAUACUACUCUUAAAAACUAAUUAAAAAGCGCACUUUUAUUGCUUCAUAGUUGGACUAUAUACAGUACUGCCGUCUGUUUUAAAACCUGCUUAAAAAUGUUGUUCCUAGACAUUUGGCAUCAAUCCUUUUACAGAUGGCCCUCCAGACAGUUUCCUCCCUUUCCUCAGCUGCCACGUCAAUGGGAUACUUCUCAAAAAUAAUUCCUGUCAGGACAAAAAAAUUAACUUCUAAGACAUUUGUUUUGUAACGUAAGUAUUCUGUAAUUGUGAUGUAAUAUAUAGAGUAAAUAAAUUCUAAGACAUUUGAACAUAUUUUAGAUAGUCCCACUAUACACAGAUGUUUUAUAUACAUAAUUUUAAUUAAAUUGUGUUUGAAAUAUGAGGAGAUGGUUAACCUAGUCCCAUAGGAACAGCACAGUGUGAAGUAUGCCACAUUAUUUUGGCUGCUAAAUAUUGCGUGACGCACCAAAAAAGCAAGAAAAUAUGCACCGUCGAGGCAUGAGGCAAGGUUAGUAACGGCAGUAGGUAUGUAUCACAAACGUAUUAUGAGAAUGUCCUUGUUUGAAUUCUUCCAGUAUACCAACUUACUUCUAAUAAGCACCAAGCGGGUUGUGUCCAGCUUUGACUUCCCCUGUGACCCGGUGCAAUUGGCACCCGUUAGUUCCUCUUUGGUGAACUUUACAGCUAACAGUUUUAGCACUGCUUUGUGCCGUUGUGGAGUCCUCUCUAAAAUCGUUGCUACUGUCUUCUUGCUUGAAGGUGUUAAAACUGCCAGUGUUGGCACCUGCGCAGUUGGUACAUGCAUCGAAGGUGUGCACGAGCUUGAAUUUGUUGAACUGGGUACCCCAGUCACCUAUUGUGGAACAAACAAAUGUCAAGAUUAUAUUUUCCAUACCAAUUACUCUCCUGCAUAAGUCUAAAAAUAGAAUAAAACUCAACAGACAUGUACAACUGAAAGCUAUUCGUUUCACUUAAUUUAGGAAUACUGAAGCUCUAGGGUAACAAAGGAAUUGAAAGGAAAAUGUUAAAUAUAUGAAGAGUGUAAAAUGUAUCAAAAAUACUUACCGAAGGUAAAGUUGUUGGAACUGGAAACCUUUCUAGUAUUCCAACCCACUCAUGUUAUCCCCUUCCUUUAUAUGCCAAAUUGCCUUGUUAACAGCAGGCCACUAAUAAAUUUUUAAAAAAGGACAACGCUUUUCAGUUGUAAAUGCAUGUUUCGACAGUAACUUCUGUCACCAUCAGUUACAACUAGAGUGAAUUUGAUAUACAAGUUAAAGUACAAAUGCAAAAUUAUUUCAAACCAGAGUGAGUGACUGAACUGACACUAUCUCACAGGCCAAAAAUAGUCUGAUCAAAUAAAAAGUAAAUCAAACAAAAUUCAACUUACCAUUUCGUUGCAUUUCCCAUGGUAAAACUACAAAGGCAUUGUACCAACAGGAUGCAAACUUCACUCUAAUUUUUAUUCCAGCGGCGAGGCUUGCAGGGCUUGGAGGGUUGAUUGUUUUCCUUGGCACACAUUGCUCUUUGCCAUUCCACGCACACUUAGUCUCCCAUCUUAUAAGCACCUUCUUUGCAGUGAUGGUUUAAAAUAAUUAUUUGCGCUUUCCACCCUGUAACUAAAUGACUGAGGAUAUCGCAUGGGUCGUAGAGGAUUUUAUACCAUUGCAAUUCUUGAAAGUUUUUCGACCUUUCUCAAGUAACGUGCCAUCUUCCGGCAUACCUUCAC